CAACGACGUCAGUCGACGUCUUCAUUUGUCAUGGGCCAAUGCUCUUCCAAGCAGCCUCCAUCCGUUGAUGAUGCGGCACAGCAGCAGCACCACCACCCCCCGCAGCUGCCACCGGCAACUCCUCUCCGACCUACCAUCACCGUUGGUGCUCAUGCAACCAUGCGUCCUUCGUCCUCGUCCGAUGUCCUUAACGACAUCGAUUCCGACGACGAUCCAGCUGUCAGCACCACGUCUACGCCUGAUGCUGCAGACAACGACGUCGCCGCAGAGCCCGACAAGGAAUUAUCUCCGACGGCCUUGAUAAAGCCAAACGCUCCUCCCCCCCAACGCCUCCGUCGCGAACCGUCGAUGAACCGCCCGGUGCGCAGCUCUAACGUCCGCCGCAUGUUCGGUCAGCUCAAGAACUUCCAGCGCGAAGUGCACGACGUGUUCGACACAUCUCCCGACAAGUUUGUCACGUUCCACUCGUUCGAGUACGACGACCUCCGAGCGUACGAGAACGACCACUGGAUCGACGCCGCCGACAUCACCGUGGAGGCGCUUCUUCCGUCGUCGUCGAUGAUCGCCGAGCGCGGCCGGCUUGAUGGAGGCCAGACGGUAUUCCUUCGACGGCUAAACAAGAACGCAUCCUCGUACAAACUCAGUCGGAGUCGGCGGCUGCUCGUCGCCGAAAUCCAGCUCACGUCGCGCCUCCGCCAUCCCAACAUCGUCCAGUUCCUCGGGUUCAGCAUCACGUUGGCCGCCGGCCUUGUGUGCGUCAGCGAGUACAUCUCGGGAUAUUCCCUCCAGCGGAUGCUGUCGCUUCCAAACGACGGCCGCAUGACGUGGGCCGACCUGAACUUGGCGUACGCGCUCCAGCUGUCGUCGGCGCUCGUGUACAUGCACGCGCUGUCCCCCCAAGUGCUGCACGGGAACCUCAAGUCCGACCACUUGUACAUCGACUCGUCGUCGAACGAACUCAAAGUGUCCGGGUUCGGCUUUAGCAUGCAGAGCCCUAGUACCCACAAGAGCCAGAACGUGUGGAACGCACCUGAAGUGCUCCAGGGCCUUCCCAUGACCCAGAAAGUGGACGUGUAUUCGUUGGGAAUUGUCCUCAUGGAGCUAGACACCCGCCGCGUACCGUUCUUCCAGGAGCAAGCGACCAUGAACUUCCACGAUCUGCUGCUGCGCAUCACCACCGGCACCAUCCGCCCCCACCUGAGUCCAACGAGCCCCGCCGCCAUCGGACGUAUCAUUCACGAGUGCAUUCAGUACCCGCCUUCGAAACGACCAAGUGCCGACUGGGUCCUCAGUCAGUUGCACCAAGUGCACACGGAAAUCCACAACGUACCUUGUACGGUAGAUGAUGAUGUGGUACACUAAUCCAAAACCAGAGUAAUAUAUUGAGCUGUUCAAUCG